AUGGAGGAACCCUCGCGUCUGGAUUUCCUACAAGAACUAAAGAACGAGGUCCACCACACUCGCACGGCUCCGGGAGAACCAGGCUAUCCUGAAAUGGCAAAAACACGACGCAGUUAUGACAGGAACGAUGUCGUCGGGUUUGCGAAACGACACAUGCGAUAUUACAGGUCACCAUUGGACGGGGAGAAAACAGCGCUAGAAGAAGCAAAACAUCACUCCCAGCUUGUCGCACGAUUAGAAGAGGAGACCAUGCUGGAACUUCGCUCGGGACUGGCUGACCUUCAAUCGGAGUGCGUAGUAAAGUGGAGGAUUAAGAAGAAACCAUGCACAAGCUAG